AUGCCCACCAUCGCUGAACUGGAGAUGUUCAAGCCUUCUUACGAUGUUCCAGAGAAAGUUCUGACUAAAACUCAGGACAGAAUCAUGCUAGAGUGUCUCCGGUUCGGAGAUCAGGUUAAGAUUCUCAUUGGAGAGUAUCAGGGAUUAUUGGGAGAAGUCGAAGCAAUUGACGGCUUGGAAGUUCAGGUCACUAUACCCACACAGGGCAUCACUCAGGGGAUUUUGAUGCCCUAUCUACGAAGAAACUUCCAGAUUGGGGAUGAGGUCCAGAUUAUGACAGACCCGAAUCCCGGGUUUAUAGGAUGGGUGACGGCUGUUGAAUCUGGAAUUGAAGGUCAAAUUUUAUUCCUCGCCAUUUGUGUGGACAACAAUACGUCCAAUACCGCCCCCACCCCCAAACAGGCAGUACACAAUCGUCAAAACGAUCAACAAAAAAAGGAAGCAGGAUCCCGAUGA